AUGGCGAGUUGUUCAAGCUUCACUACCAUCUGCUCUCUUAAUUCUCCAGAUAAACCAGGAAUUAUUGGAAAUUCAGUUCCUGGAAGGGUAAUUCAUGUCAACAAAGUUUUCCAUUCCUCAAACGCUUCAAAGUCUCGGUCUUUGGAGGUCAAGGCAACAGAUGGUAACAAAACCGUCAAACCAAGGAGCAUAGUCUGUACUGGCUGUGAGGGCAACGGGGCUGUAGCAUGUUCUCAGUGCAAAGGCUCAGGAGUCAAUUCCGAGGACCACUUCAAUGGUCGGUUUAAAGUUGGUGGAAUGUGCUGGUUAUGCAGGGGUAAAAGGGAGAUGCUCUGUGGAAGCUGCAAUGGAGCUGGCUUUCUUGGGGGGCUCAUGAGCACUAUCGAUGAUUGA